GGGCAGCUCAAAACGGAGUUCAGAUUGGAAGCUGCUUACAGCCCUAUCUGCUUGCACUCUGGACAUAUUACACCAGACAUCCUUCCAGAUGAGAGGACAAAGACUAUGAGUGAAGAGUGCCCUGGAGCUCACAUGCAGUUCUUUUCCUGGGCCAGAACUGGAUUGAUCUGAGAACAGUAAUUAUGAGGCUGACAUGUAUGUUCUCCUUCAUCUUGCUGUUUGGAGCAGUUGGGCUUGUGGUCUUCAUUCACCUGCAGGAUCCAGAAGAAAUAGUUCAUCAGCAGACACCAGGGAUAAAAUAUAACAUGGGAUUCCAGCAACCAAAAAAACAGGACUGUGUUGCCAGCAAUGACCAGGAUGGAAGAUUAAGAAAAAAUAGUGCAGACAGAGCAGCAACAGUUAAGCAGAGCAGUUCAUUAGAGGCAUCUGAAAGUGUGCCCACCAAGCUUCAAAGCGCCGACAGAAGGCAAAGCAGCAUCAUGUUUGCUAUGAAAGAUCAACAGAAAGGUGAAGAAAUUAAUUCCAUCAAGCUCCAUAAACGCAGGAGGAGGUUUAUAAUUAAAAAGAGCCCAAUUCUGAUUUCCAUGAACAGCUCCAUUCUCAACCUGCCCACACUUAAAUAUGAGGAUAGAAACAACAGCAAGUGGAAAAGUCUCUAUCAGAUCCAAGGAGAAAGGAAGCGGAUUAUGAGGGAAACUUGUUCAAAAUACAAGAGUAAUAACAGAAGAAUAAUCACUCCUUACCACGUGUCUAGAAUAUUUGUAGAGGAUAAAUACCGAGUUUUGUACUGUGAAGUGCCCAAAGCGGGCUGCUCGAACUGGAAGCGGGUGCUCAUGGUGCUGAACGGGCUGGCCUCCUCCACAAAGGACAUCCAGCACAACACCGUGCACUACGGAAACUACCUGAAACGCCUGGAUGGCUUUGACCACAAGGGCAUUUACCACAGGCUCAGCACUUACACAAAAAUGCUCUUUAUUCGUGAGCCCUUUGAAAAGCUGGUGUCUGCCUUCCGGGACAAGUUUGAACACCCAAACAACUACUACCACCCAGUCUUUGGGAAAGCCAUCAUCUCCAGAUACCGUGUCAAUGCCACCAAAGAAGCACUAAGGACAGGCUCUGGAGUCAAGUUUAAAGAGUUCAUUCAAUACCUGCUGGAUGUACACAGGCCCGUGGGUAUGGAUAUACACUGGGAUCAUGUCAACAGGCUUUGCAGCCCAUGUUUAAUAGACUACGACUUCGUUGGGAAAUUUGAAAGUAUGGAAGAAGAUGCAAACUUUUUCUUGCACUUAAUUGGUGCUCCACAAAAUUUAACUUUCCCCAAGUUUAAAGAUCGUCACUCUAAUGAAGAAAGAACUACCACUAAAAUUACACAGCAGUAUUUUGCACAGCUUUCUCCUUCUCAACGACAACAAAGCUAUGACUUUUACUAUAUGGAUUACUUGAUGUUCAACUACUCAAAACCUUUUGAAGAUUUAUAUUAAUUUGAGGGCCUGGAUAUUUCCACAGUCGCAUCAGUUGAAUUGUGUGACAAAUCCAGGUGGCAUCUGUUUAUAUAUACUUACCUGUUAGCAAACAAUUGGUUGAAGAGCAGGGAAAAAUGCAAACCAGACCACAGACAGAUGUUUACACCUUCACCUUAAUUGCCUCCUUUUUCAAAUCAUAUUUUUUUCUAUAAUUUCUCCAUAUGAAAUGUAUGUACAUAUAUGUAUAAUAUGUCAGGGCCCCCAA